AUGACUCAAACCUCCGAUGCGAGUAAAGCCGAUAUUAUGUCCAACUUUGCCAACGACGUUCAGCAUGCAGAAUGUGGAGAUAUUACAUCUCCUUCUGCUUUUGAGGGGACCAGGUCUACAGGAAGCAUCAUGAUAUCUCCAGAACUAUUUGAAAAGCUUUACUUGAAUCCAAAAACUCCAGUUGCUGGGAACCUUCGGAGUAUCAUUGGCAAUCCAACCCCGAUAGCUAUCGCCGGCUUUGUCAUGGCCUUGACCCCUCUAUGCUUUUCCCUGAUGGGCUGGAGAGGAGCUGGUCAUAAUGGGGCUGCUCAUAUUGGAGGAUACAUUUUUUUCGGGGGCAUUCUGUUACUUGUUGGUGGGUUGCUAGAGUGUAUCAUAGGUAACACCUUUUCAUCCGUGGUGUUCAUGUCCUUUGGAUGCUUUUACCUUACCCUCGCCGCGACUAUACAGCCCUUGUAUAAUGCUUAUGCACCCUAUUCACCGUCGCCUAGUGAUCCCACUGCAGGGCUCGAGACGGAGGGCUUCAAUGCCAGCUUUGCGAAGCGUGAACAAGAGUCUAAUGAAAUAAAACGUUUUACAGGAUUUUUCUUAGUUUGCUUCAAUAUUUUAUGCUUUUUUUACUUGAUAUGCGCCUUCCGGACCAAUUUUGUCCUUGUUUAUAUCCUUUUUACUGUGGUCAUUGGUGUUGGCUUUAUUAUCGCGGACUACUGGUACUUAGCCAUGAAAGAGACAGCACUGGCCGAGAAGUUGCAAAUAGGCGGAGGGGCUGUACUAUUCGCAGCAUGUCUCGGUGGAUGGUAUCUACUCUUUUCUUUGUUGCUUGAAGCCGUGGACUUUCCUCUGCGGCUUCCCGUGGGUGACCUCUCUAGCCAUGUCCCGGGAUUAUCGCAACUUAAGAUGUGA